AUGUUUCCUCGGAUUUUUGGCAAACCUAAGCAAGAGACUAGUGCUCUCAUUACACUUGACAAAUUAAAUGAGACUCUUGAGAUGCUCGAGAAGAAGGAAAAAGUGCUCCUGAAGAAGGCUUCUUCUGAGGUUGAGAAGGCCAAGGAAUUCACAAAAGCAAAAAAUAAAAGAGCGGCUAUACAGUGUUUGAAGCGGAAGAGACUCUAUGAACAGCAAAUUGAGCAGCUUGGAAAUUUCCAACUACGCAUCCAUGAUCAGAUGAUAAUGUUGGAAGGUGCCAAAGCAACUACUGAAACAGUGGAUGCUUUGAGAAGUGGAGCAGCUGCAAUGAAAUCUAUGCAGAAAGCAACGAACAUUGAUGAUGUUGACAAGACAAUGGACGAGAUAAACGAACAAACAGAGAACAUGAAGCAGAUACAGGAAGCCUUGGCUACCCCCAUUGGUGCAUCAGCUGAUUUUGAUGAGGACGAAUUGGAGGCCGAGCUUGAAGAAUUGGAAGAAACAUACAGAGGAAGACGAACUUGCCGCUUUGCAAGCAGAGAUGGCACUCUAAGCAAGUCUAAAUUCCCUGGUUUAACUGGUAACGUUGGAGGAGAUUACUAUCCAUAUUUUGAGUGGAGAAUCAUUCUGCCUGCUGUUUUCGCAUUUGUGGGAUCACUCUAUGUACAUAAUGGUCUGGUAUAA